AAUGUGUGUAGCAGCAUGAUCGUGUUUUGCAGCUCGGUGCUGUUUCUCUUUUUCCUGCAACUGCGUGCAGUGGAAUCGGAUGCGCCCGUAGACUGUGUCCUGGAUCAGUGGUCGCCCUGGUCCCCCUGUGAUGGCUGCACCAAAAAACAGACUCAGACCCGAUCGGUUCUGGUGUACCCACAGUUCGGUGGUCGCCCCUGUUCCAGCCAGUUAACUUACACACAGUGGUGUGAAACAAAUCAGGGCUGCCCCCUACAGGAGGGUUGUGGGCGUCGCUUCCGCUGUCAAUCAGGACAGUGUGUAAUUGAGGGCUUGGUGUGUAAUGGGGAUCAGGACUGUGAGGAUGGAUCUGAUGAGCUGGGGUGUGACGGUGUUCGUGUGUGUGAUCUAGAGAUCCCACCACCUCAGAUCGAACUCACCGGCCUUGGGUACGACGUGACGACGGGGGAGUUCAGAGGGAGCGUGAUCAACACCAAGAGUUUUGGAGGUCAGUGCAGAAAAACCUUCAGUGGAGAUCAUCAGAACUUCUACAGACUUCCACAGAGCGUGCUCAGUUACAGCUUCCAGGUAACAGCUAAGAACGACUUCUCGAGUGAGUUCUAUAAAAGUUCGUGGCACUACAUGAAGAAAAUCGAGAACCGCAAGGAGACGACGGGGACGACGUACGGGCACGAUUACUUCACCUCUGUCGAGGACCUGAACAAAACAAAGGAGAAGCAGCUGGUGAUGAUUAGCAGCGACGUGGAAGUGGCUCAGGUACAGAACCAGUCACCGCAGUACCUCCCUGUCGCCGAAGACUUCUGGAAGCUUCUGUCCUCACUUCCUGUAGUGUACGACUACCCGGCCUACCGGAGAGUGCUGGAGAGAUUCGGGACGCACUACAUAGCCGAGGCGACGCUGGGGGGGCAGUUCAGAGCGCUCCUGAAGUUCAGCCAAGACUUCAUAAAGAGUUUAAACACUCAGGUGAGAGAUUUUCAUGAGUGUGUUAGUACAACACACACCGUCCUGUUCUUCAUCAGCUGGACGACUGAAGACUGUCGCUCCUCUUAUGAUGAAAUAAAGAACUUCUUUGAGAAGAAUAACAAAGAUGAAUUGCUUAAGACGAGAGCGACUGGAGGAUUCAGUUCCUUCACCAGCAGUCUAAACUCUCUAAACAUGAAGAACACACGGGAGAACUCUGAAACCUUCUCCAAGUGGGCCGGGUCAGUCAAGUACUACCCUGUCAUCAUCAAACACAAGGUGCGGCCGCUGUACGAGCUGGUGAAGGAGGUCUCCUGCUCUGAGGUGAAGAAGCUCUACCUAAAACGAGCUACAGAAGCCUACAUGAGGGAGACGGACUCGUGUCGGUGCAGACCGUGCCGGAAUAACGGACUCUCCGUGCUGAAGGAUGGAGUCUGUACGUGUGUGUGUAAACCCGGGACCGAUGGGCUCGCGUGUGAGUUCGGAUCUCCGGUGGAGGAACAGCCAGGUGUGAUUCACGGAGGUUGGCCAUGCUGGUCCGAGUGGACUACCUGUUCUAAAGGUCGUCACAGUAGAACCCGAUCCUGCACUCGGCCUGCACCUCAGAACGGGAAAUACUGCAGCGGAAACCCGGAGGAGACCACGAGCUGCGAUGAUGAAGAUCAGCUCCAACAUCUCCGGACGAUGCAGCCGCACUGUUUCGAUCAGAGUCUGAAACCUACAAAGAGCUGCAAAAGUCCUCCUGCACUCAUCAACGGAUUCAUCCUGGACCCGACGGAUUUUUACUCAGUUGGCAGUAAAAUAGAAUUUUCUUGUAUUGAUGGUUUUUAUCUGCCGGGGGAUCCUGUCGCUGAGUGCACUGAGGACGGAACAUGGAGGAAACAGCCAAUGGAGUGCAAGAGUACAAGUUGCCCCCCUCCCCUCCUCACCCCGGGUGUGACGGGCAGCCCCUGGAAGCUGAACUAUAAGAUCGGAGAAUCGGUCCAGCUGAACUGUUCUGCAGGGAGAGAGAGAACGGGACCGGGAGAGAUUCUGUGUAACUCGGGAUUAUCCUGGUCUCCACAACCCCAAAACAUCAUGUGUGCUACAGCUGUGACGACUCCACCAGAUGAGGUUCGGUGCCAGCCAUGGGAGAACCUGCUGGAGAACCGAUGUGUUUGUAAAUCUCCGUAUAAGUGCCAACAAUCUCUGGAGGUGUGUGUUACCAGUCUGGAGCGCAGCAGGACCAGUAGAACCAGUAGGAUGAGUGUGUGUAAGGUCCGGGCUCAGCAGUGUGUGGGUCAUCAGUACGGCGUAGCUGAACACAGCGCCUGCCAGUGGACAGACGGUGAUACUGCAGUGUGUCCUCAGUGCUCUCUGUGGAGCAUGUGUGAUGAACAGACCCAGACGUGCGUCUGCGGGACCCCGGACGAGUGCUCGCCGUCGCCUCGCUGGAUCAACGUGUGCGCCCGCUUGAGCCAGGACUCGGCGGUAACCACGGUAACGGAGUGCGAGGUCGGGGUGCGACGCUGCAGAGGGGAGAAUCCCCAAAUCGUUAAACUGGAGCCCUGCGAGUCCUGAAAUCGGGAACAUGAUCAGAGCUCACAUACACGCCGGAGUUCGUUUCGUUAUCUUCAUGCUCAUUUACUUUUUUAAUUAGCAUUUAUUUUAAUUAUAAAUUAUAAUCUAAAUGUUUUGCUUUUCUAAUUAAUUUGAUUAAAUCGAUAAUAAACUAAUAAAACUUUGUUACUGUUUUUCAGUCCUUCAGUUGCCAAGCAAAUAAAAACGUUUUUUUGAUUAGUGAA